CACCCCUUUCGAGAUUUUCCCACACUUCUGCACUUCGUUCCCGAGCCUCAGCCUCAGGAUCGGCAACGUGCACCCCGCGUUCUAUCUGUCUUCUGUGACUUUGCCCUUCUCCAGGGAGAGCAUUCAGGAGAUCAGGAAAAUGGCCACGGGGCUCCUGAAAGCCAAAAAAGAGGCAUUCGUGGCAUUCAGGGAUGUGGCUGUGGACUUCACCCGGGAGGAAUGGAGUUUGCUGAGCCCUGCCCAGAGGACCCUGCACAGGGAAGUGAUGCUGGAGACUUAUAACCACCUGGUGUCACUAGAAAUUCCAUUUUCCAAACCAAAACUUAUUUCUCAGCUGGAACAAGGAGAAGAGCCCUGGACUGAGGAGAAACAAUAUCCGCUGGGCCUCUGUGGAGGAUCAAAGCUAGAAAUUCAACCUUGUCCCCCAUGCCCGCUGGCACUCUCUAGUCAGCAAGGCCUCAGCCAACAUGUGUGGUUCAGUCAUCUUCCUCAGCUCUUCUCAAGUGUCUGUGCAGGAAAUCAUCUCCAUCCAGGGAAACACUAUCCAGAAGAUCAGAAACAGCAGCAGAAACAACUCUUUGAUCAAGCCUGCUUCAGUGACAGAGCAGAAAUUCAAGAGACAGAAGACUCAGGUCACUUGUUCAGGAGAGUAAGCAGAAGCAGCCCUUGGGAGGUGUUGUCCAGCCCACUGCAAGAACAGCCAGUCAGGUCCAGGGAAGACAACAUGGUGCUGAAUGUAGGGCCCAGCCUAGACCAGAGGACAGACCUUGAGGAAUCAGACAAAGGAUCGCAUGGUGUAGAAGUCUCAAGAUUUGGGGCAGUCAGAUAUGGGGAGUUUGGGCUGAGGGAGUCAAACCUGCUUAGCCUCCAGAAGACGCACAAAGGGGAGACACCUUACAUGUACACUGAGUGGGGACCGAGCUUUAGCAACAUGUCAACCAUCAUCAAAAACCAGAGGACACACUGUGGGGAAAAACCUUAUGUGUGCAAGGAGUGUGGACGAGGCUUCACCUGGAAGUCAAACCUCAUCACACACCAGAGGACACACUCAGGGGAGAAGCCUUUUGUGUGCAAAGAGUGUGGACGAGGCUUCACCUGGAAGUCAAACCUCAUCACACACCAGAGGACACACUCAGGGGAGAAGCCUUAUGUGUGUGAGGAGUGUGGGCGAGGCUUUACUUGGAAGUCAAACCUCUUUACACAUCAAAGGACACAUUCAGGUGUCAAGCCUUAUAUGUGCAAGGAAUGUGGACAGAGUUUUAGCCUGAAGUCAAACCUUAUCACACACCAGAGGGCACACUCUGGGGAGAAGCCUUAUGUUUGCAGGGAAUGUGGGCGUGGCUUCCGCCAGCAUUCACAUCUCAUCAGACAUAAGAGGACACAUUCAGGAGAGAAGCCUUAUGUGUGUAGAGAGUGUGAGCAAUGCUUUACCCAGAAGUCACACCUCAUUAGACACUUACGGACACACACAGGAGAGAAGCCUUACGCAUGCACAGAAUGUGGGCGCCGUUUCAGCUGGAAAUCAAACCUCAAGACACACCAGAGGACGCACUCUGGUGUUAAACCUUAUAUGUGCCUGGAGUGUGGGCAGUGCUUCAGCCUGAAGUCAAACCUCAACAAACACCAGAGGUCACACACGGGGGAGAAGCCGUUUGUGUGCAGAGAAUGUGGGCGAGGCUUUACCCGGAAGUCAACCCUUAUCACACACCAAAGGACACACUCAGGGGAAAAGCCAUUUGUAUGCAGGGAGUGCGGACGGGGCUUCAAUGAUAAGUCAACCCUCAUGUCACACCAGAGAACACAUUCAGGGGAAAAGCCUUUCAUGUGCAGGGAGUGUGGUAGAAGGUUUAGCCAGAAGCCAAACCUGUUUAGGCACAGGAGGGCACACUCGAGUCGUAUGCCCUUUGUGUGCAAGGAGUGUGGGCAGGGCUUUUGUGAUAAGUUGACUCUCACCACACACCAGAAGGCACACUCCAGGGGGAAGCCUCAUGUGUGCAGGGAGUGUGGGCAAGGCUUUAGCCGGCAGUCACACCUCAUUAGACAUCAGAGGAUACAUUCAGGAGAGAAGCCUUACAUUUGUAGGAAGUGUGGGCGAAGCUUUAGUCGAAAAUCAAACCUCAUCAGACAUCAGAGGACACACUCAGGAUAGAAACCUAGUGUGUACAGUGAGUGUAGUGAAAUCUUUAGUCAAGAGUCCUACUUCACAAGAUGCCAGAAGUCACACCUAGGGCUGUGGUUUUAGUAAGAAGUCAGCACUGCCAGACACCAAAGUGGAGACAGCUACUUAUGUGUGACAGGAGUGGUCACAAGCCCAAUGGGAAGAGUCAACAUCUCCAUUCUGCCUGAAGGAGAACUACUGGCUCAUUUUCAGGAGCUCUGGCUUCCUCUAGUGGGGAUGCUGGCUUAUGGAAGAUCAAUCAGGUUACUUGAUGGAGGUAGCACUUAGAAGUAGAUUGAAAUUAAGGAAUGGAGACUAUUCUAAUGUCAUUUCCCAAGAAUAUUUAAAUACUCCUUAGACAGUAGCCUGGAUUUUAGAGAAACAGCAAUACUAGAGCUUGCCUCUUAAAGUCUGUCCAACAUUCUGAGAAUAAGGGACUUGACAGAGACCAUGGCUGAUUUAAUCUUGCUUUCCCAGAGCAGGACCCAGCAGCAUUCAGCUUCAGGGAGAAUUUGGGAAAUGAGAAUUUGUGGAGACAGAGGUAGUGCAUGGGUAGAAGGUUUUAUUAUGCAGAAGGGCUGAUAAGUGAGAAAGAUUGUGACCCUCCUAGCUCUAGGUUUUGGGAGGAGGUGUCCAUAUUUGCUUUUGCUUGCUUCCAGGGACUCUCUGGUUUCCAGGUCGAAUCCACACUGAAGAUACUCAGAUACUAAGACUAGAAAUGUAUUAUAUGCUUUUAUGAAGAAAACUGGUAGUAAUUUUUUGAAUUUGACUUUCACACCAAAAGUUAGAAUAUUGAAAAACAACUAUCUGUUGAACUUGA